GCGGACCAUCUUUUUCUGCCGGCCUAUCCCGCGAUAACCCAAGAAAAUAAGCCUUGCGCCUCAACUCAACCGCCGAGCAUCGCACACCCAAGUAAUCCUCCAAUCCUUCAACCUCCAACCUCGCACCACAGCAUAACACUACCCACCCAGCAGUCCCAAUGCGCCUCGCCCGCCUCCUCCCGACCUCUCUCCUACCACCAGCUGUCCCAACAGCCCGUCCCCUCCCCACACAAUGCCUCCUCCGCACCCACAAUAACCCCCCGAUCACCAUCCGCCCGGGCAUCCUCUCCGCGGCGCACCAAACAAAAAGCCCAACCCGGACCUUCACCACCACCCAUCCCAAACCCUCCCCCUCCCCGUUCCGCCUAACCAGCACCCCGAGCCCUAAGACCCCUCCGCCCUCGACCGACGAAUCCCACGCCGAACCCGAACCCGACCAUGGCCACGACCACAACAGCACAACCGCCUACUACAGUCCCUACAAACCCAAGCGCCAAUGGCCUCCGGACAUGUCGAAGCUCUCGCCGAAGCACCAAUUCCGGCUCGAGCGCAAGUACCGGCGGCGCGCGGCGCUGAAGUACGCCCGGCCCAAGUGGACCAAGUUCACUAAGUUGGUGCAGUGGUUUAGUAUUGGGUUUGUUCUGAUUUAUGCGAUGUUGUUUAUGGAGUGGGAUGAGAGGGGAAGUCCUUUUGAUGAGAUUCGGAAGGCUUUCUUUGGAGGGUUGAAGGGGGCAUUUUCCACGCCUGCGCCGCCGAGGCCCGUGAGGGAGGCCGCCGGGGAGAAGGAUCGAGAGUAAGUGGUUCUACCACCCAUGGCUGUGCAGCGGUUGCUAUACAUCGAGCGAGGAUAGAGCAGAGUCGAAGAUGCGUGGAGAACAAGGCCUAGGACCCGCAUACUGUAUAUUACCCUGUCCAUGUACAAGAAAGAUAGAAUAAUA